AGAAGCUGGAGCUGCUCCUUAGGGCCAAACAAACACGCCCUAAACCACCCGGGCGGAGGGAGGAGGCUGCGCCGCUGCGGCGUCCGUCCUUAUUUGGAGGGAGCGUGAUGCAGCCCGAGCGGUGAUAGGCCGCGACUAAGCACCAAAAGCCUUCGGGAAAUGGAGCGGCUCGGUAGUGGCUCAGCGGCGCAGCAGCUCCGGGAAGCGGAGGCCACCGAGCAACCGGACCAAGCCAAGCACUAGUCACCUCUCCUUGCCCUGCACGCAGUACUCCUCUUCGCUAGUGCUUCCGUACAUGUCGCAUCGAGCUUAGCUUAGCUUAGCUUAAGCUUUCCAUUUCCUUGUGUAUACAUAAGGGGAGCCUGGCCGCGAGUAACACUACGCAACAGAAAGUGUGUAACACGCAAAGGCGAAGAAGAAGCGAGAAGCCCGUGAGCUGCUGCUGCUUGUGGUCGGAGGAGUUUGGGUUUUCUUGUUGGGCGUGGGUGGCAGCCAUGGACGCAUACGAGGCGACCAAGGUGGUGUUCUCUAGGAUCCAGGCGCUCGACCCGGACGAGGCCGCCAAGAUCAUGGGCCUCCUGAUCAUCCAGGACCACGGCGAGAAGGAGAUGAUACGCCUCGCCUUCGGCCCCGAGUCGCUGCUCCAGACCGUCAUGGCCAAGGCGCGCAGGGAGCUCGGCCUGCUCUCGGCGUCGUCGUCUCCUACCUCUGCGCCGCGGCCGCAGUCGCCGUUCCAGCAGCUUUCGCGGCAGAACUCCGGCCGCGCACCGCCGUCCCCGUCGCCGCUGUCGGUCUCCUCGCCGUCGUCGUGGGCCCAGGCGCCCGUGUUCUCGAGGAACAACGGCGUCGCGCCAGAGGACGUGGCGGGCGCUGGGGAACAAGAGCUGAUGAGCCCGGGGAAUAAUGGCGCCGCGGCGUCCUUCUUUCCCCGAGCCGGGGACGCGCUCGUGGAUGACCUGCAGCUGCAGGAGCAGCUCGCGUUCCUCAACGAUGGCGGGGGUGCUACCAUGAACCACGCGCACCAGCUUGGGGGUACUUUCGACGGCGGGGAUUGCCGGAGUCCGGGUCCAGGGGACGGCAGCGGGAUGUUCCCUUACGGCCUGGGCUGGGCGCCCGGGCACCGCCGGAGCGCGUCGGCGAACGAGCUCUUCCUCGGCGACAAUAGCUUGGGAUGGAAGCCGUGCCUGUACUACGCGCGCGGGUUCUGCAAGAACGGCAGCAGCUGCAGGUUCGUCCAUGGCGCCAGCCUCCAAGACGUCGAUGACGCCCCCGUCGCCGAGCAGCAGCAGCAGCAGUGCCACGACUUCCUUCUCCGUUACAAGAGCCAGCGCCUCGGCCACCCGAGCCAUGGCUUCCCCUACUCCCCGACUGGCUCCCUCCCCGGCUCGCCCUCCUCCGCCAGCAAGUGCCUCAGCUUCCUGAUGCAGCAACAGCACAACGACAACCAAAGAGCCGCGGCCGCAAUGAUCCUGGGCGGCGGCGACGAGGCGCACAAGUUCAUGGGCCGGCCGCGCCUGGACCGCACCGAUCUUGCCAGCAUGAUGAAUAACCCGGGGUCGCGCCAGAUUUACCUCACGUUCCCGGCCGACAGCACGUUCCGCGAGGAGGACGUCUCCGGCUACUUCAGGAUGUACGGGCCGGUGCACGACGUGCGCAUCCCGUACCAGCAGAAGCGCAUGUUCGGGUUCGUCACCUUCGUGCUCCCGGAGACGGUGAGGCUCAUCCUGGCCAAGGGCAACCCGCACUUCAUCUGUGACGCACGCGUGCUCGUCAAGCCCUACAAGGAGAAGGGCAAGGUCCCCGACAAGUACAGGAAGCAGCAGCAGCAAGGUGAUUUCUCCGGCUGCACGACGCCCAACGGGCUAGACGGCCGGGCCGACCCAUUCGAUCUGCACCAAAUCGGUGCGAGGAUGCCGCAGCACUCCAACAGCGCUAACGAGAUGAUGAUGCGGCGCAAGCAGGAGGAGGAUCAGCAGGCGGCCGAGUUCCAGCAUGCCGUCGAGCUCCAGAGCCGCCGCCUCAUGGGCCUCCAGCUGCUCGACCUGAAAUCUCGUGCUGCAGCCGCGGCCACGGCAGGAAUGGCGCUGCCAACAAUGCCCAUGGCCAAUGCCUUCACCGCUAGCCAGCAGCCUGGCGAGACCACCGUGGUUGCGUCGCCGCUUGAGUCUAAUGAGCAAAUUAAAGGUAGCAGCGUCUUCGCUGCGGAGAGCAAUGCGGCCCCCAAGGAAGGAGUCGAUAAGGUAGAAUCUGCGGACGAGGCGAACCACAAAACUGAUAGCGACGAAAGUGCGCGUGGGGAGCACAAUUUACCAGAGAGACCGUUCGCAUCCCCAACAAAGUCUAGUACCACAGGCUCGCACGACGGUUUCUCCGCAACCACGGCGACAAUGAACACCGGCGGUGGCACUAACCAUCUCCUGCCCUCAGCAUUGGACAUGCCUUCUCCGCGGCCCUACUUCCUUCCCAUGUCCAGGCUGUCCUCCGAUCACGGAGCGAUCGGGAUGUAAAGUUGCCCUUCGAUGGAAGUGAACAAUACCCCAAAUCUAAUCAUAGAGAAAAAAAAGGAGCGAAGUGUCAGCAUAGUGUUAGCUUCCUUUGUUUCUUUUUAUCCCCCUUUUUAGCGGAUAGCCAUAUUAAACCACAAGUUAAGAACAUGCCAUUAGCCUUGACUACGAAAAGCAGCAUAUGCAGUGUUGCGCGACACAUAUAAUAUACAUGUAAACCAGUCUUACCCACUAAUUGCAUUAGAUAGUUGUAGAGCUUAGCAGUUACCACUACCUCCAACACAAUUGAUGUUACCAAUGUUCUUUCAUGUACUACUCUGCAACCGCCAGCUCUAGUUUGUAUCUCUAGGUUUACUAAAUGUGAGGUUAAUCAAGAAGGCUAGUACCAGCAAGAAGGUCACAUGUAACAAUAGUACAAUCUGCAACCAGGCAAGGAAGUUCAUGUGUUGUAAAAUGGACAAGGGCAGGCCAGAGACCGGAGACGAGCACAUGGCCAUGGCAGUGGUCUGUCCAGUAUUUUACCAGGGCAAGAUCGCUUGCUCAUACUGGUCAUUGUUGUUCUACUACCUUGCCCAUUCAGCCAUUCUUCCUUUGGCAGAAGCAGGUGACAAAGCUACAAAGGAUUAUGACAAAGCUACGAAGGAUUAUCCUUUUUAUUUUUCAUCUCGUUGAAUGAAUCCCCUACUGAAGUAAUUAAAGUCCUACAGAAAAUUAUCCAAGUAAUUUGCCCGUUACUGUGCCUCCAUGAAUGCAUACUGUAUAUUUUCCAA